ACGUGAUCAUCACUGCUUUCCCGCUAAUCCCCUAUAUUAACCCAUAUAUCGCACCUUCUCCGUCUAAUCACUCUCUAUAUCCGCCAUUAUUUCCGGCCGAACAAAGCAGAAGAGUGAACUGAAAAAAAAAAAACAAUGGGGAACGAGAGAAACCAAGACAUAUCUCCUUCGUCUCUCCAGGCCGAGACAAUCUCACCGGAGAAGGAGAACUCAUCCGCCGUUAGGUCCCAACCGGUUGACAUCCCCCUCGUCGAUCUAAGUAACCCCGACGAAGAUCUCGUGGCACGCGCGGUGGUGAAAGCGAGCGAGGAAUGGGGGAUUUUCCAGGUGGUUAAUCACGGGAUCCCGGCGGAGCUGAUACGGCGGCUGAAGGAAUUAGGGACGGAGUUCUUCGAGCUUCCGGAGACGGAGAAGGAAGUCGUAGCGAGACCAGCUGACUCCACGGACCUUGAAGGAUACACAACGGACUACAAGAAAGAUGGAGAAGGUAGAAAAACAUGGGCCGAUCAUCUCUUUCACAGAGUCUGGCCACCGUCGAGAAUCAACUACAGAUUCUGGCCUAAGAACUCUCCAGAUUACAGAGAGGUGAAUGAGGAGUACGCAAGUCACAUAAAGAAGCUGUCGGAGAGAAUCAUGGGGUGGUUAUCGGAAGGAUUAGGGUUACGUCGUGAGGCACUGAAAGAAGGUCUCGGCGGAGAAACGGUGGAGUAUCUGAUGAAGGUCAUCUUCUAUCCGCCGUGUCCAGAUCUCGAUCUGCUCUUCGGAGCUCCGCAUCACACCGACCUCAACGGAGUCACGUUCUUGAUCGCUAAUGAGGUGCACGGUCUUCAGGCAUUCCAGGAUAACAAAUGGGUCGACGUCAAGUAUGACGAGUCCGGGAUCGUCGUCAUUAUCGCCGAUCAAAUCAAGAGGAUGAGCAACGGGAGGUAUAAGAGUGGGGAGCAUAGAGCGACUAUGGAUACAGAGAAGACCAGAAUCUCGUGGCCGGUUUUUGCCGAACCGAACCUUGAUCACGUCGUUGGACCUCUACCGGAGCUAAUCUCUGGUGAUGAUGAGAAUGCUCCCAAAUUCAAGCCUUAUGUCUACAGGGACUACAAAUUUCUUAAGAUGAACAAGCUUCCUCUCGACUGAGGCAUAUCUCAUAUAAUCCAGAAACAGAAGAGAAAGAUAUCAUGAUGAAUAACUGUUUCUUUAUUGGAUAAUUGCGUCUCAUUCAUAAACCCUAUUUGCUUUACUAAUUUAAUGGUCAAUUUGUACGUACGUGUGUGGUGUACUGGUAUUUACAUAUAUGAUGGAUUUGCAUGGUAACGUUUAACCGCGUUGCCUUGAUAUUUAGAAUCUGGUACUUACUAGCUACAACUCUUUAGCUGAUAAAAUCUUUACAUAAAAUAUGAAACACAAAUCAUAUUUUUGUUAUGGUUCACUGAUGAAAUUUGUUUCCAUAUAUCUUCCUAUAAGGGGUGCAACAGCCUCUCCCAAGUGAGGAUGAAACCGGGAGCUUAACCUUCGGAAUCGGAAC